AUGCAACGAGACGAAUCAUCGUCCAAUGCACAGCUUGAAGCACGUCCAUCACGCAGUGAAGAGACCUCAAAUCGAACAUAUGAUGAGCGCAGCAGGUCUCGAUCUCCACCCCCUCGCACCGGAGGCAGUGUGUAUGGCGAUCGACGCUCACCCACUCGGUCUGCUCCGCUCAUAGAUCGAAUUCGUGACGGUCCACCUCAUGGCCGCAGACGCCCAGAGGACUGGGCGGAUAGAUCUCGAGAUGAUCGCGGAAAGCGAAAUUGGAGCUACGACGAGGAUCGGCCGUACUCACGGCGCGAAUACUCGUACGAACGGCCACGUCCUGCGCCGUAUUACUUGGAUGAUGCAAAUGGUGGUGACUCGCGUCGCGAUGAGUUGGAGCGUAAUUGGAAAGAAAGACAACGUCCCCCGCGCGAUGAUCAGCGUCGGUGGCCCCCUCGAAACGAUUUGCGUCGUGACGACUUUCGUCGUAGUGACACUCGUCGCGAUCAUCAUCAACCGUCGCAGCCGUGCUUGAUACCGCCCAAGCGUCCACCGCCUCCAUCGCGUCCUCAACUCCAAACGCCUGUGAAAGUACGCAAUGGUCCGCGCCCCGGUACAUUAGCGAGGCGUGAGCGUGCCAAACCGGUCUCACUCCCGGAGCGUUCAUUUCUAGGUUGCAGUCCUGUGCAUGCGUACGAAGUCUCAGUCAAAUUGGGGCAGGGCACAUUUGGAGAGGUAAAGCAAGGCAAACAACUAUCUACGGGUCGCAGUGUUGCGCUGAAAAAAGUCACCAUAUAUGAUGCUAAAGACGGACUUCCCAUCACUGCCCUACGUGAGAUCAAGUUGCUCAAGGCUCUUAAACAUCCCCAUAUCGUGUCUGUAAUCGACAUGGCAUACAAGCCAUCUUCAGAGCGCGGAAAAAUGGGAGAGGUGUACAUGGUGGAGCCGUACAUGGACCAUGACUUGAAUGGGUUGUUAGACAACCCUAAUGUUCAACUUCCCAUGAACCAAAUCAAGCUAUAUAUGCGCGAGCUACUCGAAGGCAUGAUGUAUUUACACAAGAAUCGCAUUAUGCAUCGUGACAUGAAGGCCGCCAACUUGCUGAUUGACAACAAUGGUCAACUGCAAAUUGCUGAUUUUGGUCUAGCUCGUCCCUUCCAUGACUUUGAUGAAGCUUGGCGCACGCGUGGAUGGGUUAGUACACACAAUUACACGGAAAUGGUCGUUACGCGUUGGUACCGCCCCCCAGAACUGCUUGUAGGCCAACGAAACUAUGGGCCAGCCAUUGACAUGUGGGGUGUUGGGUGCAUCUUGGCAGAAAUGAUCACACGCAAGCCCAUUUUCAAAGGCACGUCGGAGAUGAACCAGCUUGAAUUGAUUGCCGCGCUAUGUGGUUCACCCAACGACGAUAAUUUCCCGGGAUGGUCUAAGCUUCCAGGUGUGAAGAAUGCCACACCAUCUGGCCGUCCUGACAACAAUCCGAAUAUCAUCGGCCGUCACGACUUUGGUCGUCAUCCACGAGUAGUCAAGCAACAUUUCACGACGGUGGUCGAUUGUGGCCGAGAAUGUGCUGAUCUAAUUGAUCGUCUACUUGUACUGGAUCCAGCCAAACGACUGACGGCAGCAGAAGCCCUUGAACAUGAAUGGUUCUGGACCAAGCCCUUUCCUGCUGACCCGGCCUCCUUGCCUAAAUACCUGCCGUCCAAAGAAAUUGACCGCAACAAGCGAGCGCCUCAUAAUGGCAUGCCCAUGAAUCCUGUGGGUCGCCCCCCUAUAAUGACUCGUCCUCCUCCAUCUAUCAUACCGCCUGGUGGUAUGCAAUCACGCCCGCCUGCUGCACCCCACGGCUCGAUGGCUGUGCCGACAGGCAUGCCGCCACGACCACCACCAAGACUGGGUGGCAGUGGGGCAUAUCCACCGUUACCACGCCUUCCUGCCGCACCUUCCACUGGUACAGGAUAUGGCCGUCCAAAAGACUAUGGAUGGUACAAUCCAAGCGCACCACGAGGGAGCGGUGGUCCGCCGCCGCGGCCCUAUUAG